GUUUUGAGCUUGGGGUGGGGAUGGAAUGUGCUGACUCAUUUGUAUGCUGGCGCACGUCACAGUAGCCAAACCCCCUACAUGUCAUCAGCAGUACUACUGCAAAGAGCUUCUGUGUUGAGCUUAUGGUCUAGGGUAACAUCUUAACAUCUUCCCCCUGCUCGCAAAUAAUAUUGAACGUCACAGUAGCCAAACUCCCUACAUGUUCUCAAAAGGAGUGCUAAGACGUUCUGUGUUGUGGUCUAGGGACGAGAUGGAAACGUCUGAAUCUGAGGACUCCGAUUACAACGCUCAAAACGAAAGAAUCUCCUCGUUAUCUGAGACGUCAGAGGAUACGUCGAAACCUGCCAACCAUGAGUUCUCGUCUGAGACAACAGAAGAUGACCAGGGAAAAGGUCGCCAUGCCCCUUGGUGCACGCCGACUUCGAUCUGUUUUGUCCCUAAUGAAGGGGAGAACGUGUUCUGUACCUUUGCCGGUCGUGCCAAUCCGUCUCUUCUCAAUGACUUCAUCAGACAAAACACCAAUCAACGAGUCCUAUUGCACAUGGCUCCAGCGGAAUUCGUAUCCGGUGAUCAGGUUACGUCAGUCAAUGGCAUUGGGUUCUUUGCAGUCGGGACUCUAGCAUGGGGCCUCCCUGAGAGCGCUUCGAGUGAACCACAGAUUAUCUCUCAAAAUGAUCUUCCAUCUGCUAUCGGAGCUGGUGAGCUUCACCAUGGACGUACGCAGUCUGUAGCCUCGGAGUCUGCAUCAGAGCACGACGUUUUCACAUUGCCUGAUCUUUCGCCAGACACCAUAAAGUGGCGAGAAGAGAAUCCAACUCCAGAGGUGAAGAUAGUUCCCGAGGACACAGACAUUGAAGAUGAACCAAUCAUUGUAAAGGGUCCGAGGAGCAGGAAUCCGUUUGAUACUGACAAUGACUCAGAAGAAGAAGCCUAUAACCGGGCCGGAACUGAUGUUAAUUGGCGAGAAAUUAUGGAACGCCUUCCACCUCAUAUCACAGGCUAUCGACCACGCGUGCAUAUUGAUCAGGAAUAGGAAGUCGAAGCCGUGGCUGGAACUAACAAAGAAGAGAACAGUUAAAACUUGGCGUAUUCUUCUAUUGCGUGCAAAUUAUAUUUGCGGAAAUCCUUGUAUAUAAACCCCCACCCCAUGAGCAUAUAGCAUCGGUCGUGUGUAUAAAACUACUUCUUUGGAUGCUUUCACCCAAAAUUUGUAAUGGUUCAUUUUGUGUCAAUAUAUACUGGAGAAUUUUGCAGUUGGUCAA